CGAGUGUCACACACGCGGCGGUUCGGGAGGCGGCGGCAGCGGCAGCGGCAGGCGCCGCCGGGACUGGAACGGGCAGGGGCGGGCGCCGGCUGCCUCCCUCCGUUCGCUCGCUCGCUCUCCCGCCCGCCCGCUGCGGGGCCGGGCUCGCCCCAGCGCUCUCGGGAAGGAAGAAGGGGGGCCGAGGACGCCGACAAGUUCCCGCAGCGGCCGCGGAUCCAGACCAAGGCGGAGGCUGCGGCUCCGACGGGGCAGGAGCGCGUUCCACGGCGGAGCGCACGGCCAGGGCGUCCAGGCGCGCGGCGCCGGGCCUUUCGCUCUCCGCGGGGCCGCGGGCCGGGAUCCCAUGAGACGCCCCCCUGAGGGGCGCGAGAUCCAAAGCCCAGGCGGCGCUUGGCGGAGGCGGAGGGCGGUGCUGCAGCUGCCGGAGCCCGGGAGCGGCCGGCAGGAGGCGGCGGAGAGAACUUGAACUUGGCGUCCGGAGCGAGCGCCCCGCCGGGGUCGGGGCGCCGAGGGACCUGGGCGGCAGCGCUGUCCCCCGAAUGGCCGCGGCGGCGGACCAGGCUCCCGCGCCGCGGCCCUAGGCGGCCUCUCGUCAUGGCCAAGUGGCUGAACAAGUACUUCAGCUUGGGCAACAGCAAGACCAAGAACCCCCCGCAGCCGCCGCGGCCCGACUACCGCGAGCAGCGGCGCCGGGGCGAGCGGCCCUCGCAGCCCCCCCAGGCCGCGCCGCAGGCCCCCGCGGCCGCCUCGGCGUCCUGCGGCCCGGCCGCCGCGUCCUGCUUCUCGGCCUCGUCGGGAUCGCUGCCCGACGAGAGCGGCAGCACGAGCGACCUCAUCCGCGCCUACCGCGCCCAGAAGGAGCGCGACUUCGAGGACCCCUACAACGGGCCCGGCUCGUCGCUGCGCAAACUGCGCGCCAUGUGCCGCCUGGACUACUGCGGCGGCGGCGGGGAGCCGGGCGGCGGCCAGCGCGCCUUCUCGGCCUCGUCCGCGUCGGGCGCCGCGGGCUGCUGCUGUGCCUCCUCCGGCGCGGGCGCCGCCGCCUCCUCGUCCUCGUCCUCGGGCUCCCCGCACCUCUACCGCAGCAGCAGCGAGCGGCGGCCCGCCACGCCGGCCGAGGUGCGCUACAUCUCCCCCAAGCACCGCCUCAUCAAGGUGGAGAGCGCCGCGGGCGGGGCCGGAGACCCCCCGGGGGGCGCCUGCUCGGGCGGCCGCACCUGGAGCCCGACGGCCUGCGGAGGCAAGAAGCUGCUCAACAAGUGUGCCGCCUCGGCCGCGGAGGAGAGCGGGGCCGGCAAGAAGGACAAGGUGACCAUCGCUGAUGACUACUCGGAUCCCUUUGAUGCCAAGAAUGAUCCCAAGAGCAAAGCGGGAAAGGGGGAGAGUGCCGGCUACAUGGAGCCCUAUGAGGCCCAGAGGAUCAUGACAGAAUUUCAGAGGCAGGAAAGUGUCCGGUCCCAGCACAAAAGCAUCCAGUUAUAUGACACCCCUUACGAGCCUGAGGGCCAGAGCGUCGACUCGGACUCCGAGAGCACGGUCAGCCCCCGUCUGCGGGAGAGCAAGCUGCCCCAGGAUGACGACAGGCCCGCCGAUGAGUACGACCAGCCCUGGGAGUGGAACCGGGUCACCAUCCCAGCUCUGGCAGCCCAGUUUAACGGCAACGAGAAACGGCAGUCAUCGCCCUCGCCUUCCCGGGACCGGCGGCGCCAGCUUCGUGCUCCCGGAGGGGGCUUCAAGCCCAUCAAACACGGGAGCCCCGAGUUCUGUGGGGCCCUGGGAGAGAGAGUGGAUCCCGCUGUCCCGCUGGAGAAGCAAAUAUGGUAUCACGGAGCCAUCAGCAGAGGGGACGCCGAGAACCUGCUGCGACUCUGCAAGGAGUGUAGCUACCUCGUGCGGAACAGCCAGACCAGCAAGCACGACUACUCCCUCUCCCUGAAGAGCAACCAGGGCUUUAUGCACAUGAAACUGACCAAAACCAAAGAGAAGUACGUCCUGGGUCAGAACAGCCCCCCGUUUGACAGCGUCCCGGAGGUCAUCCACUACUACACCACCAGGAAGCUGCCCAUCAAAGGGGCCGAGCACUUGUCGCUCCUCUACCCCGUGGCUGUGCGGACCCUGUGAGCGGGGCGCGGGCCGGCCCGCCCAGUCCAGCUUGUGUCGUGUGUAUGGUACUAGCACACCGCUGCAUGUCUCUAGAAUGCUGUGGCCACUGCCGGGCGGAAGAAGGCCCCAUCCAGACGAGGGCCGCCCGCCACCAGCCCCACCCACCCCCUCCUUGAGUUUCUGUGAAUUAAAAUAUUUGCAAAUCCAAAGAGAUGCCUUCCAGGAUGAACAAAGGAUAGAGCUCCCAGCGGGGGGCGGGCGCUCCCUGGGCAGCGGCUCUUUGUUCCCCAGCUGUCAGUCACGAAGAAUUCACACCUGUGUCUGGGGCACAGUUUUCCCACCAGGCCCCCCUGGUGCUGGGAGCCAAAUGCUGGGGCUUCAAGACCCCACAGGGGCCCCCGGGCCCUGCCUCCCCCUGGUGUGUGUGUGUCUGUGUGAGUGUGAGCACAUACGGGAGAGAACGUGGUCACGCACAGAGGUGAGUAAGCCACUAAUCCACUUGUAGUCACUCAGUGUAAUCAUUAGAUCUUCAAGGAAUCGUUGUGCCGUCGAAAAGAGGAUUCAAUUAUUUAUGAAGAGGGUGUGUAAAUAAAAUAGUCGUUUAAUAUA